ACGUAUACGUCAACACCAACCAUCUAUAUAUACAGUGUGCAUACAGUACUGAUAGACUACACUAACAGAACAUAGUUAGAGCCUACAUCGUUCUUAUAGCUCCUUAAAAUGAGGAAUAUGUUUGUAAUAGCACUUCUCUUACUGAUAACUAAUGGAGGAAUAGCAGACGAAUGCCCAGGAUUUCAGUUAGUACUAAUGACAAAAGACGCAGCGAUGAAUUGGGAAAUACGGAAUGGUACCACACCUAUCAGUUCCAAUUCUACUUGUAAAUGCAACAUUACAUUCAAUGCGGGAAAUGCUCGUCUAGAGUGCUCAUGCCCAACUAAGAACUGUGAGGACGCAAAAACUGACACACCUGUUACACCAACGAAAACAGUUAACACAGAAUGUGAUAUAAAGACUACAGAAUCCUCUGGGGCAACUAAUAUGCCAACUACAAAAUUAUCCUCUACUGAUACAACAAUACCUCUUGAUGAUGCAUCCACCGCACCAAGUGAAACAAAAAACACACCAGUCAGCACAACAACGACACGAGUCACCACAACUAGUGAGGCAAUACUGGGAUCAGCCACUGGACUAUUGUUGGUUGUGCUGGUGGGUGUCAUCAUUGGGUGGAUAUGUACUUGCAUUAUCAUGAGGAGGAGACACGAACAAUACCACAUCAACCACAGACACACAGAUGCUAACGGCUACACAUACGCCCACUCCACCACCUCCACACCUCACCCUGCCCCCUCUUGCGAGGCCCCGGACACUACCUACAGCUCAAUAGGUCAAACCUACGAGACAAUUCCUCCUAGAGUAGUCCAAAGCUUUGACUCAUUGACUGUUAAUGAAGCAUACGGACCAGCUAGGUCUAUAGCACAAGAUGAUGACACGUACAGUAAGCUGGGCAACAGUGUAACAAGGAGGCAAGGAGAUUCAGAGCCACACAGAGUGAUGGACAAAUACCAACAGAGAGUUGAUUCAAGAAUUGAUUACUCCACACAAGGACAAGACGAGUUGGUCGACGAUAGCUAUAGCAAGCUGGCUGAUAGCAAGCUAGUCGGCGAUGAUAGCUAUAGCAAGCUGGUUGGUGACGAUAGCUAUAGCAAGCUAGCUGGUGCUGCUAGUAAAAGGUAUGAUUAUUAUGAACUGGAGCCACAGGGACUACAGUCGAGUGCCGAUCAAAAGAGCUUCAAGAUUGUGACGAAGGAAACUGAGUGUGCUGGUGGAGGGAACACUAUUGAGGGGGCGGGAGGUCGUGAGGGGAGUGUGUGUAGUGAGGGGGCGGAAGAUUACGAGGUCCCUAUUAAAGGAAAUGUGGAGGAUGCUCAAACGAUAAAUUUUUAAUACUGCAAACGCAUAGAAAACUGUUUCUCUUACAUGUCACAUGAUACAUACAUGAACUCAUAAUACGUGAUGAUCAUAUGUGACAGGCUCUGGGAAAACAGACCAAUUGGAGCAGAUAUUGGUAUUGAGCAAUAGCCAGAUUUAUAGACUACAGUGCAUAAUCUCAUAAAAUUUUUCUUGGCUUAUAGCUUUCUACUACCUCUCUGCAAAAUCUGAUGCUCUGAAUCCAACUCUUUCCACCAAAGCGCUUUUGUCUAAGCAGCCACAAUUACCUUACUUUUCCCAAUUUGGCAAUCUUUGAGUGGGCGUUUUUCAAUACCGCUGUUUUACAACUUCGAGUUUCCAACGCGCAUAACUCAGGCAUGGAACAAGCUAUGUGCAAACUAAGCAUAUCAAUGCGUAGGCAAUUCUUUGCUCUAUCAUCUUGUAUAUAGAUCGCAAAAAUUAUAGCUUGCGCCAAUUGGUCUGUUUUCCAGAGCCUGUCACAUAUAAUUAUUACAAUAAACAAACAAGUUGUUGUAAUUAUAAGCACUGAAGCAAUCUCUUGUGUUCUGAUAUAUUGAUGUGCAUGGUACAAACAAAGUGACCAAAGAAAAAUCACCCCCCCUUUUUUGACAUACGGAUAUACUUACAACAAUGACAAGGAUUCAGAAACCCCACAGUUGACUCUAACUUUUAAACUAUAGGACACACAUACAUACUGAAUGGCAUUGCUAUAUACUAUUGCUUUUACUAUCAGUAUAUCAAAACACUAUAAUUAUAAGGAAAUAUGGGAUACUAUAUGCAUUAAUUCUUUGUCAAUUUGUGUUGACUUUUCGGGACGUUGAAUUAGUAAUCCAUUUGACUGUUAUACCGUAUAUCUUCUAAUUUAUCGGACAGCAAAAAUAAUUAUUUUGGAAAUUGUCCGGGUAUAAUUGGAACAGAGCAUGCGAAGUGUCCGGAAUAAUUAGAACAAGCAAGCAGCUGCAUGCGAGCUAGCUAAGUUUAAUAGAACAAUGUACGACUGAAUAGUUGCACUAACUAUCUAAAACUAGCUACUCAAAGCUAUCUAACUGCAGCACUCCAAGUCUUACUUGCCGUCUACGAAUGGUAACUCAACUUUUCAAGAUAUUGUCUGGAUAUUUAGAACAAAUGUAAUAUUAAAGUAAUGGAGUGUCCGUUGUAUUAGAACAACGAAAAUUGCCCAAAAGAGUGUCCGGGGUAAUUAGAAGUGUCCGAUAAAUUAGAAGAUAUACGGUAUAUAUAAAAAUUACACGAUUAAGAAGUGCAGUUAGCUAAAAUUAAUGUGCUCAACUAUCAAGAUGAAGUUUGUAUUUGUACUAUUAGUAGCAGCAAUUCACUGCAGACUUUCCAUUGGACUCAAUACUAGGAAAUGCAGAAUGGCUGCAGAUUGUCUUAGAGAAAUUGAUGACCAAUGUACAGAUAUUUGCGAUGAUUGUACUGAAGAUGUAUUGAAAGAAAGAUGCAAUUGCCAUCCAUUCAUUGAACCGUGCAUGACAGUGAAAGUAACAGCCACUCACACAGUGACCUACGCUCCUCCCAUGGUAACUAUAAGACCAACAUGCUCUCCCCUAGUGGUAGCACCAACAUGCACUCUUCCAGUGGCAAAAGUAACACCAUCAUGUCCCACUACCAUUACACAGUAUUCAAGUAUCACACCAACAAACUGUCUACGGUCUACACACACCAAGGAAAUGUCUACAACUGUAGGGACAAGUUACACUGACACGGUUACUAGAAACAGUAGUUCAGUAACAGACAACAUUAAUACAACUACAUGUAACUGCAGUCUAGUGACAGUCACCGCAAUGUCAACUACCGGAGGAGACUCAAACACCAGUCUUAACACAGCUACUGAAGCAGCUACAAGUAACAGCAAUCAAGGGAUGCCAUGUAACAGUAGUCCAGUGACACUAGGAGCAUUCAUAGCUGUAUACUAGCAGCACUGCUGGUUGCAGUAACUACAGGAUGGAUAGUCACUUGUGUGGUCAACAGAAGGAAAGAUAAAGCCUCAACUACAAGCAACAAAGAUAAUAACGCUCUACAAAACCCAGUGUAUGAUUCAGAACAUGUCCAACGUUACCAAGGCAACCUGUCAGCUCGUACACAGACAGGUUACAGCUCACAGGGUCCGGCCUACGAGCAGGUCAGGGUUGACACGGGAACUGACUAUGAUGUCAUCGAUCGCAGUGGACCACGCCCACCAACCACACACCCUGUCCCUACAUCUGACCAAGACUACAGUACAUUGGAUACUGACGAGCAAGAGCAUGACUAUCAUGUGCUAGAAUCAACCAAUGCAGGGGGUCCAACAGCUGUGGGGGGUCAAGAGCCUCAAGACUACGAGAUACCACUCAGAAAGAUGUAGUAGCUACGUAAGAGACAGUGUGUGUUUGCAAUAGAAACUGAAAGCUAACUCAACAGUUUAUAAACAACUUCAUAAUCAUGCUUAGUUUGCAUGUGUUCUAGUUCAGAUUAUAACAUUGAUUUGUACUUGCACACUCUUCUCAGGUGCAUUAAGGACUGGGACCUUCAAUUAUUGCUGAAUUUGCAAAUUAUAAGCCCCGCCCACACGGUCGCCAUGGUUCCGCCCACGCAUUCAUUACUUCAACGUACCACUCCCUUUUCAUUUUGCAGUAAUUCAGCUAGUUUAGAGAAGUGGCUUAGUCGGCGUUUAAAACACCCUCUAGUAAAGCUUGCGAGGCAAUAGAUGACUUCCAUAAGCCUUCCUUAGCUGAUUUAUCCUUGUACUUUGUCAAAAAAUUGUUGACCGUGUCCCUGGGAAGCCUACUAUCCAAGAUGAGACUGCUACAUCAAACAACUUUCUGUUAUUUCUCCCUUGCAAAGACCAGGAGGGCUAAGCGCUAGAGUGAGUUGUUAGCUUAGAUAGAACUAAGUAUAAUGAGCAGCAGCAAUAGCUAGUAGCCUUAGUGUUUAAACGCCGAUUUUUCAAUAGAAAAGUGAAAUAGUGCUUCGACAAAACGGACCAUCCCCACUGAUCAAUUAGUGGGCAGGGCUUCAUUUUAAUAUUUUCCUAGAGAAUGGAAGCUAGUGUUUCAUUUCAUCAUAAAAGUUUUACACAUAUUAAUAUACAUAGUAAACAGCAGCAGGUUGAAGUGCCUCUUAUAAAUGUCUUUUUUAUGUUGGUCCCAGUCCUUAAUGCACCUGAGUUAGUUCCCCAAA